GUUACCACGGAACAGUGUGUGUAUGACCGUGUGUGUUGAAAGAGUGAAAGAAGGAUGGAGGACGACCCACAACUGAAUUCAGAAGAUCUGGACUAACAGGGGGCCAUCGCAGUUUUGAACUGUUUUCCGGGAACUGUUUCUUUUGAAAAGGGGGGAUUUAUUUUCAGCCACAUGUUAAAAUGCCAUUUGCCAAAAGAAUCGUUGAACCUCAGUUAUUGUGCAGGCAUACGAUUCCCAAUGAGGAGGGAUUGCUUUUCGAGGACCUGUGCACCAUCAACAAUGUGGCGUUAUCACGGACCUUGCGACAGCUUUCCGACCUGGCCAAGCACGCCUGUUCCCUGUUUCAGGAGCUGGAGAAUGAGAUCGUAUCGACAAACCAGCGGGUUUGGGUUCUUCAUGGUAAAAUAGGAAGGCUCCAGCAAACCACCACUGGUCUCGACCCUAAACAGGAGGCAGUGCCUGUGUCUAACCUGGACGUGGAGAGCAAGCUGACGUCCCACUACCAGGCCCCCUGGCACCAGCAGCGUAAUGUGUUCCACCCCUCCAGCCGGCCGCCCUGCGUGGAGGAGCUCCACCGCCACGCCAAGCAGAGCCUGCGGGCACUGCAACGAGACCAGCACCAGCGUCAGCAGGCCAGUAGCAGGGAGCGGCGGGUGACCAUCAACAUCUCGGUGGCACCUCCCAUGCCCACGUACCCAUCACCACGCACACUCCGCAGGCGUGAGCAAAAGGCACGGCACCUCCGAACGUUUGAGAAUGCCCGCUCGUCCUCUCCCACCGAGUGCUGCCACUUCUCUCCCUGGAGAAAGGCUGCUCCGCCCACUGACCCCGACUCAGAGGUGGUGGCUUUAGGCCACCGGCCCAAGUGCCCCAUCCCUAACGUCCCCUCCACGCUGGACAAGCAGACUAACUGGUCCCACCCGCUGCCGCUGCCCACGCCCGAGGAGAGGAUGAAAACCGAUUCCCAAGUGGUCAACUCGUGCGUCGUGCCCAUUAACGUCACGGGGGUCGGCUUUGACAGAGACGCCAGUGUGCGCUGCUCGCUCGUUCACUCCCAGUCGGUGCUUCAGCGGAGGAGGAAGUUGAGGAGACGGAAGACCAUCUCCGGAAUUCCCAGACGUGUGCAGCAGGACCUAGACUCGGACGAGUCUCCUGUGGCGAGGGAGCGGACGGUGAUCGUGCACGCGAACCCCGAGGCCUGCCAGGAGGACGACAGGCUCGGCGGCCACCUCGGCACCAAGGACUCGGGCUGCCAGACGGAGGAGAUCCUCAUCGCCGCCACGGCGCCCUCGCGCAGGCGGAUACGAGCCCAGCGAGGCCAGGGCGCCAGCGUCUCGCUCUCCCACUCCACGGGCAACAUCUCCUCUCUGCCCGACGGCGCCGACGCCAUGUACGGCUCGUCCGUGGGCGCCCGCCUGCGCUCCCGCAGCCUGCCCCGCGACGGGCGCCACCUGGUGGACGAGGACCACGACGAGAGCGAGGAGGAGGACGACGAGGAAGAGGAGGAGGAGGAGCUCUCGCCGUACGAGACGGAGGACUUCCUGCCCGUUCCCGGGGAGCACCUCCUGAAGGACGAGGAGGAGAGCACGGACGACCAGGCGCUCCCCGAGCACCAGCUGGGCAGCCUGAAGUACAAGCAGCACGCGGGGAGCCCCGAACACGGCUGGCUGGAGCGCGGGCGCUCGCGGCUCCCGCGCAAGGCGGACAUGGGGAGCUGCGAGAUCUCGUCCAGCUCGGACACCUUCAGCAGCCCCAUCCACUCGGUGUCCAACGCCGGCGUGCUGACCAGUCAGAUGGACCACAAGGAGGACCACCAGUCCUCCAGCGGCAACUGGAGCGGCAGCAGCUCCACCUGCCCGUCGCAGACGUCCGAGACCAUCCCCCCCGCCGCCUCUCCGCCGCUGACCGGCUCCUCGCACUGUGACUCGGAGCUGUCCCUCAACGCCGUUUCGCACGCCAACGACGACACGUCCGGUUUCAUCCUCGACCCGUACCCUACGGACAGGCUGCAGGGCCUCAGGGGCCACAGGACGGGCUCGUUCACCUCCACGGCCACGGACAUGCUGGACGACGCGGGGGUCAGCACGGCCAGCGAGGGAGAGUGGGGCUACCCGCACCACCGGCACAGCACGUCCUGCCAUCAGGACUUCAGCCCCGAGCACUCUCGGGAGGAAGAGGGCAGCCUGGAGUGCCCGAGCUUCGCCAGCAUCGCCAGCAUCGCCACCUUCGAGAGCCUCACGGACAAGCCACCGUCCGACAAGGCCGACACCGUCUCCCACUACUCGGUGGACACCGAAGGCUACUUUACCUCCAUGCACUUUGACUGCGGUCUUAAAGGUAGCAAGAGCUUCACGUAUAACUAUGCAGCGCACGAGCAGCGUCAGGCCGAGUACCGGAGUCACAUGACCCUCGGGAGACACUGCCUGUCCCUGAGGAAACCAAAGGCCAAGCCCGCUCCGCCGCAGCGCAGCACGUCCCUGAGGAAAAUCAGCGGCGCCGGAGGUGGAGGCUCUCACAACAAGAGCGAACCAAAGAUAACCUGCGGGCAGACCCUGCCGAUGUCUUCCAGGGAGAGGAAGCUGCAGCUGGACUUGGCCGGCGCCUCGGGACCGCCCGAGGGCGAGGAGACGCUCGAAGCUUGGGGGGUGGAGAGCGCCAGCGAGAUGACCGACGUGACGCUGUUCGUCUCCGGCGAGACGCACUCGUUCAAGGACGACGGGGCCGUGCAGUCCGAGUACGCGGACCUCUGGCUCCUCAACGACUUGAAGUCGAGCGAUCCCUACAGGUCGCUGUCCAACUCCAGCACCGCCACGGGCACCACGGUCAUCGAGUGCAUCAAGUCCCAGGAGAGCUCCGAGUCGCAGACGUCGCAGUCGGGGUCACGCGCCACCACGCCCUCGCUGCCUUCGGUGGAGAACGAGUUCAAGCUUCCCUCGCCAGAGAAGCUGAUUGGCCUCGCCUCACCCUCCAGUGGGUAUUCCAGCCAAUCAGAAACCCCGACAUCCACCUUCCCCUCCGCUUUCUUCCCGAGUCCCUUGUCCCCGAGCAGUGGCAAGAGGAAGCCAAAAGUUCCUGAGAGGAAGUCCUCUCUCUCUUCCUUACAACAACAACAACAACAACAACAACAACAACAACAACAACAACAACAGCAACAAUCAUCCAAGAGGGACCUAGAGCUGCCAGUCAUACCUCCAACUCACCUUGACCUAAGUGCUCUUCACAACAUUAACAAGCCUUCAGCCCACCGAAGCCAGAUGCACAUCCUCCAUCAGAACAAGCAGAAGGCGGCAGCUGCUGCAGCGGCCAAAGCAGAGGCCCGAGCCUCCGCGGCCGCCGCCGAAGCUAUCGUCGGCGCCGCGGCCAUGGCCAUCACUCCCACGGUGCUCCGUUCGGUCCAGCUGCGGUCCGUCGGGAGGUCGGGCGAAGGGAGUCACGAGAGGCUCGGCGCCACCGACGCCGCCACGAGGCCCAAGUGUCCCACUGUGACCAUCAGCACCACCCCGGCCAACACCAAGCCUUUAGAAUCGCGCAAACCUCCACCUUACAGACCCCAGGAACCCCACGCUCAGGAGCACUGUGGAUCACUGUUUACUCCAGGCAACAGAGCCGUGGCAAAGGAUGUAGCAAGUCACGGCGGCGUGAGAUUCAGGCACGACAGGCUUGCGCCCAUGCCUCUGUGGAGCAUGACUGCCUUCCGAGGCCAGCCAGACCAAGCGGGGCCUGAAGAUGACCGUUUGGAGAGCGGGACCGAAGGUCAGGGGAUCUCCGAGGGCACUGCUGACUCUGAGGAAGAGAAGCGAGGCUCGAGCGUCGUAAAGCUUCUCUUCCCCGGCAGCAGUGUGGACGUGGAACAGAACGAAGCACUGACAUUGGAACUAAAAGAGGAAAGCUCGACGUUGUUGUGUCUGACUAAGACGGGGUCUCCACCGACCCAGCAUGGAACAGCCAAGAGGUCGGAAAGUCUUGACCAAGUGCCUGAUAUAAUAACUCAAUCAGAAACAUCGCAAGCUUACUCAAUCAGCGAUGCUGGUAACCAAGAGGAGGAAUAUGAAACAUCAGGUGUUCCUACCAGAAGUGCCUCGCAGGACAGCAGGGAGGAUGGCUCCACUCCAGACGAGGACUACUUCAGCAAAGAGUCCACACCCAGCGAUCCCGCAUUAUCUCCACUAAAUGAUGACAGUAGAUUGGACGAGGACAGUGUCUUCCUGUCACCCAAUAGGAGCCGUACAACUGAGGAUCUCUUUGCAAUGAUUCACAGGUCCAAAAGGAAAGUGCUUGGGAGAAAGGACUCUGGAGACCUAGGAGGGCGGAACAGGUUGGGUGGUGCAUCAGCCACCACUCCGCCCAGCAACACUCUGACCUCUCCAACCACGCCCGUUACACCACCCACGCCUACCACACCAACCACACCAACAGGUCCUCUUCAGAGAACUCCGGGCCAGAUCUACAGGAGCGCGAAAAAGUCCAGCACCUCCAACGAGGAGUUCAAGCUGCUGCUGCUGAAGAAAGGCAGCCGGUCCGACUCCAGCUACCGCAUGUCGGCCACAGAGAUCCUGAAGAGCCCGAUCGCGCCAAAGUCUCCCGGCGAUCCGUUCGCCGAGGGGGGCAAGCAGCUAUGCGAGCCCGGCUCUCCCCAGCAUCAGCAGUCCCCGCCGGACGCCUCCGAGCAGCUGUCCAGCCCGUUCCCCAAAGCCAACACGGAGGGCUUUUCCCUGAAGGCCUUUCCCGUCAAUGCCUCCUCGCGGCAGGGGCGCUCCAGAAUACCACCCGCCGCAAACAGCAGCCGAUACAGCACCCGCAGCCGGCUGUACACGGCACCCAUGCAGGCCAUCUCAGAGGGGGAGACGGAGAACUCCGACGGGAGUCCGCAUGACGACCGCUCCUCUUAGAGUACGCACCUUCCGCUUUAACACUGUAAAGGCUACUAACACAAAAACACCUUUUUUUUUAAAAAAAAGAAAGAAGGCAAAGAGAAAGAGAAAAAAGAGAGAAAAGCCUUCUGAUGGAGCUAAUGCUCUGACAGUUGCAUUGUUCGAAGAUCAUUUGAUGCGUGUGUCACCGAAAAUUAUGAGAGGAAAAAAAGGACUGAAAAGAAAAAAAAAACUUUGUUUGUACCCUUUUUUGUACCACACAACAAGAGUGAACCGGUUUUAGGAAGAAAAAAAAACAAAGCCUAUUCUAGUGAUGUUGUAGAAAUCCAAUAUGAUUUUUAAUUGUUAACAUUUUUAAAAUGCUGCAGUCCUUGAGAACUACAUCAUGAAAUGACUUUCAAAAGCUGGUUAUCAAAUGUAGAGUGAUGAACUAUGACAGAAUACUUUACAAGGGCACAGGGGCGUCAUUCCACAAAUGUCCAAACAGUCCUUCUUUGUAGCUUUUCAGAGACAACACAAAUUGCAUUGUGAAAUGAAAUGAAAUAUUCAAACAUAAUGUACUGCAUAGGACAUGACUGUGAAAAGCAAGUGGUCCAGAAAGUUUCACAAGAAGGGAAUGAUCAAUUCUUACAUGCUAAUUUGUCACUGCAGAGUGACACUUGGGACAAUCUAAUGGUGGCCUUUUGUAUAGUGGGUCUUAGGAUUAAUUGGGCUGAUACAACAUGUGUUUAAGACUGUUCAGCCUUUUUACGGCGGGUCUGAAAAACCUUCAGCUGGAAGCUUGGCAGGGUAGGUGCUUUGUCACCUGCAGCACCUUUGCACUUCUCUCAGUUCCUCAAGAAUACCACUUCAUAGAGUUUUAUAUGAAAUUAAUGCCACAUUGUAAAGGUAGAGAUAUAAAUAUCUAUAUCUAUAUACAUAUAUAUAUAAAGAGGCUAUAUACAUAUAUGUUUUUAAUGACACAAGCUCAAAAUGGCAGUGAAUUCUUUGUCAGUGGCACAUGGUGAUCACACCCAGCUAUGCCUGCCUUAGGUGUUACAGUAGUUAUUAUGUGAACUCAAUAUACUGGGAUCUGUCACACAAACCUCAAUGCAAGAGGCAUGCUAUUUAAAGCGCAGCUCUUCUAUUUUAAUGAAACGUUUGGUAUUUCUAAAUCUUCAAAUCACGAGAGGAAACACAUUGACUGUGCUCAUGAUAUUUUCCACAUUUUUUCCACCUACUCAGAAAAAAAGAGACUGUUGUAAUGACAGUAACAGUUGAUCACUUGAAAAAUUACCACCAUCAUAGCUUUGUGGAAACUCUAAAACAAUAUGGUUACCCAAUGUAUUCUGUGAAUACCUCUGCAAUUAUGUAUACUGUUGAUUUGAGAUUUUAUGCUGUUCACUCGAAGGUGAAUAAUUUAGUCAUCACAUUCACACAGACACACAGCAGGAUUAACACUGUGCAAUUUAGAAUAGGAAAAACAAGCCCUGUGAAACCAGUAGAUUGCUGGGUAGCAGAACACUUUGACCAGCAUGUGGUGAAGUGUGUUUCGUUACAUAAUACCCCCUUGUCUUCUCAUUAUACGCAUGCAUUUGAAAAAAAAAUAAGCAAAAUAAGAGAAAGUUUGCAAAUGGGAAAAUAUAUAAAUAUACCUAUAUACAUAUACAUAAAAACUCAAAUUUUGUGAAUUAACAUUGUCAACAUCAUUUGAAAGUGUCUCGUCAGUAUGUUGAGUAGAUGUAUACUGUAAUCCAUUUUCUUCAAACUGUAUGGUAGUGUUUUUUUGCCAUAUCUAAGCAAACUUUACUUGACAAUCUUAAUCAAAUCUCUUAUGGCUAGUUCGGGUGGAGACUUCGGAGGUGGCGACGAGGCAAAGGGAACAUGGAUUGAGCUGUGGCCGAGAGGCAGGGGUCAGAGAGCUUGGGCCUUACGCAGGCCAAGAUGGAAUGGCGAGACGAUGUGGCCGAAAGGCGUUCUGUAGUAUACGUGAUCAUGGGUGUAUGUAUGCAAUGUUGAGAGGGCAGAGGAAAGUGUAGAGUUGGAGCAAGAGGGAUGGUUUUUGAUUUGGAGGAGGGCUCAUGAGAGUAUGUUCAUUGUGCAGCUAUUGCUGUUUUUAAGGAAAGUGGGACACUGUCUUGAGCUUAUUUUGCCAGGAUCAAAUCAGAGUGCAAAGUCAUGUCUGAAAGAGUGUGUCUCGUUGUGUUGUUCCAUGUGAGAGACUUUCCAUGUCUCUUGUUUUUGAGGUUUUUAAAUUGUGACAAAAAUGUGUAAAUACAUAGAUUUUCUUAAACAUAUGCCACACCCCUAUAUUUUUGUUUCAUAUCCAGACCUUGAGGUUUUGGAAUCUAACCAUUAUUUUUUAUCAUUCUGAUGCAGCAAAUGACUACGUUUAGAUAUAUUUAUUUUUGGUACUAAAAUACUAGAAUCAAGAAAGAAAGGAACUUUGGUUCAAAAUUGGAAAUUGAAAGAAAUAAUUGUCCUGUAAUUGGUGCAUAUCUAUUCUACAAUGACUUAGAACUCGGAGCGCAAUACAUUUCAGCAAAGAUUUUAUUAUUGUUUAUACUCUGAAUGAAUUCUCAUUCUUAUUUUGAACAAAAAAGAGCUAAACAGACACAUCAAGCUUUGAAUCAACUGUAGACACUGGUUACUUAGAACAUAAAUGAGAUGUAAGAUGAACCAAUGAAAACCUCCUAACGCUGGAAGAAAAAAAAACAUUACCAAUAAGCUAUAGUGUGUGUUAGCCAAACAUUGAAAAUCAUCUAAUUUUCAAAAAAUAUUUUCUGGUCCCCCAUUUCACAUACACAAAAAAUUGCCAUCCCAUUGACUCACAACAAGGAUAGCUUUCUGUUUGCUAAGGAAACACUGGUACAGACACAGAGUACGGUUUCACUCUGAGUGAAACUACUUUACAAUAUCUUUGUAGCUAUACCUCUCUACUUGCAUUGUUACAUGACACGGAGCUAACAUGCCAGUGUCAAAGCUUUUAACUGUUAAUGUCAUUCUGGCCUUAAAUGAGCUAAACCGACAAAGGGAAAACAAUAGCGGCUGCCUCCUUUGACCACAUAUCUGCUAUGAUAUUACUACUCCCCAAAGAGAGAGAUGGUCUACUGUUGGUUUACAUUGAACUGGCUUACGAGCUCUUUUGUAAAGGUUAAAACUGUUUCGAAAUCCACCUUUUACAGGGUACACAGAGGGCAACAAUUCUCUUUACCAUCAUUCCAAGAAUUUAAAGUAUAACUUAGACAUUUGCACUGAUAUAGUGAAGUUUGUGAAGUAUUCAUUUUGUCUCUUGCUGUACCUAAAGUUAUUUAUAUAGGAUUUCCAUUUUAAACUGUUUGAAUUUUCUUUACAGCUGAACUAAGCAUGCUCCAAGGGAAGAGACACAAGUAGCACAUACUUUUACCAAAGGGUCUAAGUUGUCUACAGGUGUAAGCAAAGAUGUUUUAAGGUUACUUGAUCAAAUAAAAUAUCAUAAACAAAUAAAUUGCCUGCUUAAAAGAGAGUUACAUAACUGUUUCGGUACUAGAUGCAACUCCUUCAGGCUGAAAGCUUCAAUCAAGUAGAUUAGCAUCAGUUUUGUAUUUUUGUACAGAUUUGUAAAUACAAUACCUUUCUAAAUUGUUGCAAAGGUGUUUCUUUUGUAAAAUGUUUUCAAAGUUUACAUUACUUCCAAGCCUUUGUAUAUUUUUGAGCUGUGCAACUCUUUAAGUCUUGUAUUUAUUUUUUAGUAAACAUUGUGAAAAUCCCAUUGUAAAUCUCUGAACAAUGAUUUGCCAGCAUGACUGGCUGCUUAGUAAAUGUGCAUAGAAGGAGCCAAUAAAUGUGACUGCUUUGAAAACCAA